UUUGUACACACCCCCAGCAGGUGCUUUCACUUGAAGUUUAGUUUGCAGUUGUGCUUUAGGCUGUGCCUUUCAGGUUAAGUGAAAUUCUGCCAGAAGCCUGGGAGGGUCCAAGGCCUCAGGCUUGGGGCUCUGCGACAGUCAUCAGGGGGAAACAGAUCGAAGGGUGUCCGCUGCCUGCUGCACCUCUCUCCUCAGGUAGCUCCCAGGCGUUCUGUCUGAUCUGAGCUCCAUCCUCAGCAGAGUCACGCAGCUGCACUGCAUCUGCUGCCAAUCAAGUCUUUGCCCCUGGCCAACCAAGAGCACAGAGCAUCUUUACCUCGCUAUCAGAUAUGUCAAAUCCAGUCGGCAGUUUAUCAGAAGGCACGGUUUAUGGAUCCCGGACUGGGAUGACAGAGGACUCCCUCACCAUCUUGGAGCGAAACAGGGGCUCUGGAACACCCUGGGACAUGGAGGAGACCAAGCCAAAUGUGGAAACCUUGGAGCGAGGCCUUUACCUCUCCUGCUUCGACAUGCUCCUCACCGAAGACACUGCCUGGCUGGUGAAAGUUUCAGAGGCCACCCCGACCCUCGCUGUGCCAAUGACUCGCAUGGAGCCCCGAGAGGAACCGGAGCAGUGUCCAGUCAUUGAUAGCCAGGAACAAGGACUCUCUCCUGGGCUGCAGGGGCAGGAAGAGGAGCGGUCUCUGGAGCAGGUGCAGAGCAUGGUGGUGGGAGAAGUGUUGAAGGACAUUGAAACAGCCUGCAAACUGCUCAACAUCACGCCAGACCCUAUAGAGUGGAACACAGGGAAUGUCCAGAAGUGGCUGCUGUGGACUGAACAUCUGUACAGGUUGCCCCACGCGGGAAAGGCCUUCCAGGAGCUGACAGGAAAGGACCUGUGUGCCAUGAGCGAGGAAGAGUUUCGCCAGCGCUCUCCACAGUGUGGAGACACGUUGCACGCACACCUGGACAUAUGGAAGUCAGCUGCCUGGAUGAAAGAGAGGUGUACAGUUGGAGACACUAAAACUACUGGUGGUGAGGAGCUUUGGUCUGAGGCUGACUCGUCUUGUUCGGGACAGCCUAUUCACCUGUGGCAGUUCCUCAGAGAGCUUCUGCUCAAACCUCACAACUAUGGACGCUGCAUCCGUUGGCUCAAUAAAGAAAAAGGUAUUUUUAAAAUCGAAGAUUCGGCUCACGUUGCGAGACUGUGGGGACUCAGAAAGAAUCGACCCGCUAUGAACUAUGACAAGCUGAGCCGCUCCAUACGUCAAUACUACAAGAAGGGCAUCAUUCGCAAGCCUGACGUGUCUCAGAGACUGGUGUACCAGUUUGUUCACCCAGUAUGAGGCAGCAGCACAGUGGGAAGAGGAGGAGAAGGAGGAGGAGGAGGAGGAGGAGGAGGAGGAGAUGGAAACCCGUAAAAACUAAAAUGACACAGUGUCUCACAAUGCACUUGAAACACCUGAAACACAUGAAAAAGGUGACUUGGAGCAUGCGCACUGAACAACCCCACGACACACGAUUCCAGUGCCAACGCUGAAACAGCAGCUGGCAGCUGCUGCAUGAAGGCUGAAAGGAAAAGACAAAACAAUGAGACAAAACAAUGAGGCUUUUUUUUUUUCUGCUGCAGAAUGAAACAACCAGAGAUUUCAAAAGAGAAAAUUAAUAAAUGAACUGCCUUGUCAUUUGCAUGAUCUGCCUGUUUAUUUCUCCACAAUGUGAUUAUCAAUUAUCCUUCAUUCAUUACAGUAAAAGCUUAACUGAUUGCUCUUAAGUACAAGCUUCAAGACAGCAUUUGCUUUGUCUUUUUGUUUUGCUCAUCUUGACCACUCUGUUUGAAUUAGAGCCAGUUUCACUGCCGCAGAUUAAAAUGUGGUUAGGAUUGUUUUGCUUCUUUUUUGGGUUUGGUCCUGACUGUUAUACAAACACUCACAGCUCCCGUAUCCCAUCAACUACAGGACAGGGCACUUUUUUUUUUUUUAUCUCAUCUCAAAGAUACAGAGAUGACAGAUCCUCAAACCCUGCUGUGAACGAAUGUCAUGGUAAUCUGUCCAGCAGGUGUUGAGACAUUUCACCAAAACACACAAAUGUUAACCUUACGGUGGCGUUGGAAGAAAAGUCAGGAGAUCCCCAUAGUCAUUAUAAUUUAUUGUCUGGGAUCCAUAAACAUCUUUACCACAUGUCAUGACAAUCCAUCCAGCAGUUGUUGAGAUAUUUCUGUUUACUUCUUUUUUUGGGUUUGGUCCUGACUGUUAUAUAAACACUCAGUCAGUCAUCUCCAGCAACCCAUUAACCACAGGACAGGGCAGUUUCAUGUAUUUCUUUCAACCAAACUACAACCGCCAACCGUCUCAGAAGGGAGCAUGUAUCUACUUACUGAAUGUGGGUGUAGUUCAGUAGAAAGAAAACAGUUCCAACAUGAACCUGCUCACAACGAGGUCUGUGGUUUAUCUUUAGUAACUGGGUCAUGAUUUCUGGAAAGAGACGCUGCUGUUGAGUUUUUCAAAUGUAUUUUUUUUUUUUAGCUCUUUGAGCAUCACAAGCUGACUGCCAUUCAGUCCCGUUGUAUUCGAGAGAAGGCAGACGUCCCUACGGCUGAUAUCUAUAUUUGAUUUUGGGGUGAACUGUCCCUUUAACAUCAGCGUUUUUAGCAUUGCUUGUUAACAUGGCUCUUUGUCAUAUAUUAUUAUGAAAUUUCAC